AUGUCGAUCUCGACGCGCGCGCGUGCGACGCCGACGCUCGGACGACGCGCGCGCGCGACGCGGACGAACGCGCUUCGCGACACGGGCGUCACGCGGGACGGAUUGCGCGCGGCGGAGAAACAGCGCGUCGUCGUCGACGUCGACGGCGUGGGGAAGGUGCUGCUGCAAGAGUUCGCGAACGACGUGUACGCGGUGUCGAAUAAGUGCCCGCACUUGGGGCUGUCGCUGCAGGGAAAGACGCCGCUGCUGUCGGCGACGGUGAGCGACGGGGCGAUCGCGUGCCCGGCGCACGGGAGCGCGUUCGACCUGAAGACGGGCGAGGCGAGGGGGGAGUGGUGCCCGAAAUUGCCGGCGCUGCCGGUGGUCGGGAAGAAGUAUUGCGGCGAACCGACGGCGAUCGCGUCGUACGCGGUGAGCGUGGAUGAAUCGGGGGCGAUUAAGAUCGACGCGUGA